CUCGUAAUAAUAAGUACCAAUUAAUUUAUUUUACAGACUUUCCAGUUUCUAUAUAUUCCAUCUACGUUAUUCCCAUGAAUCGGCCUAUAUAAAUCAAUAAUACAGCUUCUUGGUUUGUUAUCAUUCCAAUAUGGCUUCUUCUACUUCUUCCACCAACAAAGUGACCCUCAAACUUCUCAUUGACACCAUGAAUGAGAAAGUUCUGUUUGCUGAAGCAUCAAAAGCUGUGAUAGAUUUUCUUUUCAAUCUGCUUCGUUUGCCAGUUGGUACUGUUGUUAAACUUUUAAACAAGAAUGGCAUGGUUGGUAGCAUUGGUAAUCUCUAUAACAGUGUUGAAACUUUGUCCGAUAAUUAUAUGGAACAAGAACAAACUAAAGAGGUUUUGCUGAACCCCAGAGCUCCUAUCUAUUCAACUGAAAUUGCAGGCCUUCUUCCCGCAAACAAUACCGAUGCCAACAACUUGGGAGGUCGAGGAAAUUUAUUCUAUAGAUGCAGAGGCGGCUGUAGUUAUAAUGUCACAUGUGAUAGCUCAACUCGUUGUUCCUGUUGCAGUAGUGCUAUGAAUGUACAAGUAAAUUAUGUUGGAAAAAAGGUUGUUGAAGAUAACGUUUCUAUUAAGAAUGGUUUUGUGAAAGAUGUUGUGACAUUUAUGGUAAUGGACGAUUUAGUGGUUCAGCCAAUGUCAACCAUAUCAAGCAUUACUUUGCUGAACAAAUUCAAUAUCAAGGAGGUUGGUACCUUGCAGGAAAAGGUUGUUGAGAUGGGAAUGGAUGAGGGUAUCAAGUUACUCAAGGCUUCACUACAAUCCAAGGCUGUCUUGACAAGUGUUUUCAUCAAGAAAGAUGUUUGAGGAAGAAUAUAUUUGACUUAUCUGUUUUGUUUUGAAUCUUCAAGUUACUAUAAGAGGAUAUGGCAUUAUGGUUUUCAUCAUGUAGUUUUUGAUUUCUGAUUAUGCUUAAUGUUUCCUAAUUUAUUCUGAAUGGUUGUUUUCUAUGAACUGUG